ACACAUGUAAAAGAAGAAGACGCCAAGCCUUGAUUAACUGUAAAUAACUUCCAACGUGUUCUUAAACAGCACCUGGCUCUAUUUGCAUUUAAAUGGGAGGCAGCACUUUUACGUUAAUGCGUUAACACUCCUUAUCACAACACCAUUACGCAUAGUUUGAUUAGUAGCUACAUAUUUUCUGCUCUGCUCACGGUCCUCUAUGCUAACUCUUGAAUAUAUUUCGAGGUAGAUAAAAUAAAGACUUCUGAGUAAGUCCUGCCAGCUGUUUACGCGCUCUGGUGAAGGCCCUAGGAGAGGCUUACUGGAGGUUUAUGUGGGGAAAAGAAGGGAGCCAGACAGGCGACAGCGCUGUCUUGGCCUCAGGGCAGAGGCAGGGAACGAGCAGGCGAGCCAAUGAGAAGGAGACAUCCACUCCUCUCUGUCCUGCCCGGCUUGGCUCAGUUCGGCGCGCCCUGUAAUUAGGAGCUCUAGUUGGGUUGGGCGCCGCCACGGUGGACAGCCUGGCUGCUGCGUCAAGGGAGUUUGGGAACGCAAGCUUCAGACUGUGUGAGGAGUUUCUAAACAGUCCUGCUUCGGAGCUCAGAGCAAACCCGAUCGGAGACGACAACAGCGAGAUAAACGCCUGAAAAUGAACGGGCAGUCCUCACCUGUCUUCGAGGAGAAGAAGCCCUCCAUCCCCGUGGCCGGUGGCUCCAUCUCGGCUUCCAAGGAUUCCCCGACCAUGCCGGAGUCCUCCUCCACAGAUAUGGGCUUCUAUAGCGGCCAGAGCGCGCUCCACGGCUCGCAGGAUUUCUACCCGGCACAGCAGCCGUACUCCGCUCAGCACAUGAACCCGUACGCAUACCACCACUACAGCCUGAACGGGAUGGGUCCCGGCGGUGCCUACCCCGUUGGGAAGGCAGAGUACCCUUACCCCCAUGCAGCGUACAGGGAGCACGGAGCAUUCAACAGAGAGGUUCAGCCAAGUCUGCAGGACAGCGUGAAAGAAGAACCAGACAUGGAAGUUAGGCUGGUCAACGGGAAGCCAAAGAAGGUACGCAAGCCCCGGACCAUCUACUCCAGCUACCAGCUGGCAGUUCUGCAGAGGAGAUUCCAGACAGCCCAGUAUCUGGCCCUGCCAGAGCGGGCCGAGCUGGCCGCACAGCUGGGCCUCACACAGACGCAGGUCAAAAUCUGGUUCCAGAACCGUCGCUCAAAGUUUAAGAAGCUCUACAAGAACGGGGAGUUUCCACUCGGUGAUAUUCCUCUUGAACACAGUCCAGACGCCAGCGAUUCCAUGGCCUGCAACUCUCCUCCAUCCCCAGCUGUGUGGGAAAACAACAACAGCAGCAACGGUAACAAUAACAGCAGCAACCACAGCAGCGGGAGCAGCAACAACCCAAACGUCAGCAACGGUAGCAUCAAAAAUAGUGCAAUGCUGGAUCCUACCAGUAGGGGGCAGGUUCCCUAUCAGCCUCCGGUGGAUUCUUCACCCGCCUAUAUGGGGGAGUACACACACCAGAACUGGUACCAACAGCAGGGUGCACACUUAGGUCUCUCACAGUCAGGCCAAGUGCACCACGCGCCACCAACUGCUCCGUCGGCCACACAGAGCAUGGGAGCCGUCUACUGAUGUAGAAAAAUGGACAACAUUUCGACUGGAGUCCCGGGCUUCACCUGGGGCUUUUUUUUUGGAUGAUUCUGAGCUGUGCUGUGUGCAGAAACACCUGACAGUGAUCAUCAAAUACAAGUCAUAACUGCAAAAAGCCAAAACACAUGUUGUCACACAGGCUGCAAAUGUGGAUUGAAAACAAGUGUCGGCCUCAUUUACCCUCCACCACUCACAAGGUGAACUCACAACACUGUGGGAGACCGGGGUGAUUAGAGUGGGUUUUUUAGUGCAGAGAUAUUUGAUAUCACUGAUAACAGUUCAUGUUUUGUUUAUAAAUAUUUGAAUUAUGAAUAUAUUUAUGCAGAAAAAUAUAGAAAUGCUCAGUAUUUCCCUCACACGUUUCUUCUUUCUGUAAGGGGCCAGAGUUAGACAGACUUAAACUGCACUCCUCCACUAAAACUGGUAAUACUACUGAAAGUCGCCCAUCAAAAGAAAGCCUGCCACGCUAUUUCAGCGCAGGGCUUGGAAUUUAUAUAAAUAAGAAUAUGACAGCUUGAUGACCAUCACACCCAUAACAUAUUAACACAAGAGCCUAACCAGAGGAGAAAAAUUACCAGCAUGUAAUUUCACAUUUGCUGGAAUGAAACUUGUUUUCCUCUGUGGAACAACAAAGCGGACUUAGCAACACAAGCAAACAGGUGGUUUUGGUUUGUGUGGAAGUGAAGAGAAAAGCUUGUGCUCUCAGUUUAGAGGUUUGGCUUAGACUAAAAGUGAUUCCCCCCCCUUCAGAUAGUGCCACACUUCUUGUUCCAGUAUUUACACUAAGGGUUAGGCAGGUUAACCAGCUGCUGGUUGUAGCUACAAAGUUAGCAUUUGAACAUGAGUAUAAGCAGUGUAAUAAACUCAUCCCUGGGGCUAGUGGCUAAAAGCCAGAAUAGCUGCUUCUAGCCAAUUACGCCAGAACCUUUAUGCCUUUUGUCCUUUGAUAGUUGCGCUAUCAUAUAGCCACUGUAAGACAUUAUAUAGUUAGUUAGAAACAAAGCUAAACGAGCUGAAAAAUGUUUUAAAAACACUUAAAGAUGCUCUUUUAAAAAGCAUCUCGUAUUCAGUUCGCCCCAUAAUUCCAGUGCAUGGCAUGAUGCACUCCGCCAUAUUGGAUGUGAAAUCUAUAUAAUCCCCAUCUGGCAGUCAACAGGUGAAAUUGGUCACAAAUGGGGCGCUGCAUCAAAAACCACUUGUAAUUGCUCCGAUCACUAGCAGAGUGCCGCAACUGCCUGUAGUUUGCAUAGGAGACGUGGACUUCUUUGCAAAUCAUCCAUGGGAUAAAAGAUGGUGUAGCUACUGUGAUGCUACCUGUUGGUUUCUGAACUGCCUCACUAGGCUUCAGCCUUGAGGUGAAUGUUUCUGCCGUUGCCGUCUUGGCGGCAAGAAACUGAAUGUGAGAAGAAGGGGUUAGCGAGGGGAAAAUACCAGGGUUAAUCCUCAGUUUUGAAACAUGGUAUGAUGAAACAGGAUUUUGUUUUUUCCAAAAUAGCUCUUAACUCAGGAUGACCCAAACUAAGUGACUCAGACAAUGAACUCAGCAGGAAAUUGUUUACAGAGGCUAAGUUAGAAAACGUUUUUGGAACAACAGCUAUCACCAUCUAGUGGCCUAGAUAGGAUUAAGGUACAUCUGCACUGGCUUUAUUUUUCUGACCCGCAAGCUAUGUCAACUUUCUUUUGCUAUUUGUGCACAUACUCUUUACUUGAUAACUACUUUCCAAGUCAACUACUUGACAAGUAGUUAUCAAACCUUAAAAAAGGGUGAUACAAUCCACAAAUGGAGAAUAUUUAGCUUCACAGUAAAGGCUAUGUCAGUACUGCAGCCAUCACAUUUGAAAAGGCAGUUUUCACUAUGAAGGCAAAUGUUCUCUACUUUGGUGGUUUGCAUCACCCCUUUUCAGUUUUCCUUACUGCUAAACUAGUAGUUAGUGAGUGUUUGCUGAGAAGUCGUCCAAACAAACUAUGGGCGAACAUGCUAAUCUGCUAACAAUCAAUGCAAUUACAAGGAGGCGUUUUGUGCUGCACCAUAUACUUCUUUGCGAUCAAUUUCACCUUAGGCGUGCCAGCAACCAUUUGCCAGCUGGUGGAGGGUGGUUACCAGGGGGUCAGUAACCAGUCUCUUGGGGUCUGGGGCCUUAAGCUUUAUUUAGAUUUUUGCAUUCAUUCUAUAGAAAGUCUGUGAUCUAGCCUACGCAUUUAUAACUGUGUGUAGUGAGCCUUUGUUGCUCUGGAGUACCACUGCCAAAACGUUAUUUGGAAGUAGAGUUUCUCUCCUCAAGUUGAUCCAUUUUAUUUCAGAACUGUCUCUUCGACAGAAGAGAAAGUAGCUGGAAGCACAGAGGAGGAAUCGGUGAUACUGCUCUUAAGUGUCAGUGCAGGUGGUGCUGAUCCGAAACAUAGUUGUAUUUAUAAGGAAGUACACAUCCGAUUAUGGCGUAAGCUGCGGUGUGGGGUUUCAAAAAGUUUAUAAGAACAUAUAAGUAGAACUAAUCUAAGUUAAGCUAGGCUAAGCUAACUAGCUGCUAACUGUUUCUACACAGUGAACACAUAUACUUGAGCGGAGUUCGACUCCUCUGCUAGAAUCGUCCACUCCUGGUCACAGAAUAUGUGUUGCAUAUCCAAAGACAGACAUAUUAUUCAGUUAAUCUGUUUUUAAUAAUAAAUGCCUCCAACAGGGAUUUGGUGCACAGCUACAAAAAGUUGAAGGGCAGCUGAGCCUGAGCCAAGCUGUAAAAAUGCUAAUGCUUAAAAUGCAACCUAAAAGUGCCAUAAUUCACCACAUUGUAGUGUAAAUUCCCACAUCUUUUAAACAUCAUGCCCAGACUUUCUUUGAAUCUUAAACCGAGAUAACCCUGAUUAUAUCACUUUAGUUAUUUCCUCACACUUUUAAAGCCUUUCGGUCUUUUUGCUAGCUCAGUAGUACUUUUUUUUGAUUUUAAAAAACAAAGCAAAACAAAAACCCCUGUCCUUUCACUUCCUAGCAAGUUGGUGCUAAAACAUUUUAAAAACAAGUUGUUUAUAAUCUUUCAACAAGUGUGCUGUGCUCAGGUUUUUUAUUUAUAGUGUCAAGUAUAGAUAUGAAGUAGCACAACAGUUUGUGCCUUUGGAGCUUUUUUUUCCUGUAAAGUUGAAAAAGCAAAGCAAAAAUAAAAUGUACUAUUUUGUGUAUUUCAAUCAGCUGCUGGUGUUUUCAUUUCUACCCGUGUUUACGCGUGAAUACACCAAACACACAAAGGCAUUGUGCUGACGGUGCGCUCUUGGUGUGCCUCUCGGAGUGAGUCAGACAGCAGAUACAGGUUGCGCCCAUCUAUAUAUUUUACACACACAAACAUGCAGGGUGCGUGUAAAGGAGGCUGUGGGAGGUGACAGCGCAGCAGACACUCUGGAGUCUCUGGAUGCUAAUAACACACCGCUGACACUGAGAGAGACGGGUGUACGCCGCUUUCAUGCGGCACACACUUGAAAAGGGGAGGAGAAAUGUUUGUGUAGCAGUGUUAGUGUGUGUGUGUGUGUCUGUUACAAACAAGCUACAGUUAACCAACCAAACCCAUGGCUUCGCCAACAAAAAGAGGGUGUGACAAGGAAGAAGAACAUAGACUUGCAUGCUUUCAAACAAUGUUACUAGGUAGAGUGAAAAUAUUACAUUGUGUCCUUGUCUGAAACCAUGACAUUUAAAGGAAUGCUCUGCAUUGUUAGAUGAGAUAAUUGCAUGUACCACAAAUCUUGGCAUACGUUGACUUAAAGUAAGUUAUGCAGAGCAAUUUAACCUCCCACGAAAUAAAGCAAUCUUCCUCCAUCGUUCAACACCAUUAAUUAAAAUGCAUUUCUUGAUUUUAUGAUGCCUGUCUUGCCUUCUGUUGUGCUCAGCAUUGGUAUCUUCAUAUUUCUGCACUCCUUCCUGGUUACCGAAAGCUUAGAUUUUAUUACUUCUAAAGUCACAUUGAGGAAAAUGUUAGAACUAUAGUCUAAAAUAGCUCAGUACACAUAAAGCCUCAACAUAUACAUCAGGAGCAACUGUGACUACAUAUUUUCCUCUGGGAUUAAUAAAGUAUUCUGACUCUGGUUUAUCACUAGCACAAAGUGCAUUCAUCUGCAUACAGGCCAAUCUAACCAAAUACAAAAAGUGCUAACUGAAGUAACACACUUAAUAUAUCUGUGGUCUUACAGUUUUGUGUGUGUGUAUGUGCUUUUAAGUAUGGAAGCCCGUUUCUGCCACAAAAAAAAGUAUCCAUAACUCGAAAUUUUGAGUUAGCUCUGCCAAUCAGUAAUCUACGUAAAUGACGUCAUUUUCUUGUUACCUGGAUGGCGCAGAGGAAUUCACACUCAAAACCAGAUCGCAACAAAUUGGCGCUAUCGAGAGUACGUGGCUGAUAGUAACACCAUGUGAUUCAGCUAAUAACACAAGGAUUUCAUCAUUUGUGAAGCCACACUGAAAAUACUCAGCAAUUUGUGCAUUCGUGACUGGCUGUGAUACUGGUAGCUUAGCUGUAGUAUUUGUAGCUGAGGGCUUCAGCUUCCGGGUAACAAGGAAAUGAUCUCAUUCACUUAGAUUACUGAUUUGCAGCGCUAACUCGAAAUUUCAAGUUACUUUUCUCGAAAUUUCGAGUUAUGGACACUUUUUUUUUUGUGUGUGUGGCAGAAACGCUCUUCCAUAAUUAUGCCAUGUUUAACACAUCCCAACAAAUAUGUUGUACGUCCCUGCUAUGUGGACGCUAAUCCUGGAUACCAAGUCACAGGCUCAUGUUAGCAGUUUCUGGUUAUUCUCAACGCUCAACAACCGCUAAUCUGCCCUUCUGUACUUGCUGUUUGUUCUCUAAUGUGAACCAUUCAAAUUCUCAUGCAUUUUAUCACAUCUUCAUGUAAACAUAUAACAAAUGACACCUGAAUUGCUGUAAAGUAACACUGAAAGCUCAAAAACUUGGAUCAGGCAUUCCUUUGGCCAAUAACGUUUGUUUUCAAGAUUUUAUUGAAGAAAUCUCAUACCUUGCUAAGGCAGAGGAAAAUGUGAGAACUAUACUUAGAUGUCUACAUUUGCUUGACAUGUUCCCCUGAAUCCAUAAGUGUGCAGGGUGUGGACCCUAAACCAUAGAUCCACUAAAACACCUUCCAUGUUUGCUGAGGUUCUUACCUUCCUGUGCUGAGCCCUCAGCUUCCAGGUGUCAGGUAGGAAUGUACCUGAACAUCACAGGGAGACAGACAGUAAAGGCAAACAGAGACUUGUAUAAACCUGUGACUGGUACUCCAUUGUGGGUUUUUGCCUGACAGAUUAUAGUUUUAACAAAUAAUCUUCAGCUUAUAUUCAUGCAACCAAAGACAACCAUGCCAAGUUACAACUCUUUUAUGUCAUGACUGAAUCCUCUGAGUUUUACAAGCACGUUCACUCACUUGGCGAAAAUGAACAUCUUAUUAUAUCAAUGUGAAAAAGUUGCACAGUGUGUUUGGAGGGUUAGCCGAGGUGGCAGUUAGAAAAUUCUUGAACAUUUGCAGGUGGGCUGAAAAGGUGAGAAGAGGUGAUGACAUAAGCCAAUGCAAGCCAAGUUGAAAAAAUCAGCGGCGGAAGAAAGGUUUAUGACAGCUUCUUGACAGACUGGAAGCUGACAUUACUUUUCUUUCCCUGCCUCGAGGUAUAAUUUGUGCGCCGACCUUGGACGAAUAUGUGGUUUUGAAAUCUGAUACUAAAACCACCACCUUUAUUCUAUCUGUGUCAAUUUUGAGAUAUUGCCUUUUAUGUUAUGACAAUAAUCAAACACACAACAAACCAAAUAAUAACAGAUAAUGCAGAGAAUUUCUGAUAUUGAUAUUGCUUGAUAUUGUAAGGCAAAGACCCUACAAUAGUGCAAACAAACAGAACUGCAGCACACAGCAAGAAGGCCCUCUGUUUGAAAAUGCCAGCCAGCUGGAGUAUACAUGUUCUUUGUGCCAACCUGGGUUCCAACAGGUUUUUCCCGCCACAUUGCAAAGACAUUAUUAGUGUUGUUAAUGAUUAAUAAUUAAAUGCAACUGUCAGAGUGUGGUUGCCUCUUUGUGCUAGCAUUCUGAUGCACUUGUGUGAAAUUCCUUGAAAUAGGAUAGGCUGGCUUCCUCAUGCGCCCACACAACUAUAAGUUUUGGAAUUUCGAUAUGGGCCAAUGUAUUUGGAAGAAAAAAAUAAGUUCUAUAAAAAUAGGAAACCAAUAUGGUUUCCUAUUUUUCUUGACCAAAGAAUACUGGAUUUAGGCAAAAAUAAAAUGUGUACACUGUAUGAGGGUUUGCCAUUGCUUUAUCCAAGCCAGCCUUGUUCCAGUGUUUGUCACGCAAACAAAAGCAUAUUUGUAUUUGGUGUUGAUGUACCAUUGCUUCUUGGCAGUAAAGCUUAUACCGUUGGAAAACCUGUUAAUUAACGCUUACUUGCAACCACAUUUGUACCAAAAAUGUGUUUGUGGGUUGAGCAGCAGAAUUGAUUAAAUGGGUUGUGGGUUACCAGACAGGUUAUUCUGCUACUGACUUGUUUGUUUUUUGCUUACUGGAUUAGAUCAUUUAAGUCUGAUGAAACAAGACAUACUGAGAGUUUAACAAUUAAAAAAACAGGGAGCUCAGCAUGUGGAAGAAUCAUACACAACAGCCUGAUACCGCCUCAUCAUGCUGGUCACCAGCUUGGUCACAUUUUAAAAUAUGGGAUGUUAUCUGACAACAAUGUGCGACCAAGCUGGUGACCACCAAGAGGAGGUGGUUGUGUUAGUAACUCUGGCAUGAACAGCUGUUCAGGUUGAGGGAGCAAGCAUUAUUAUCUUGGAGAUCAGAGUUUGGUUGCAGGCUGUGUUAAUAUGUUCAUUGCCACUGGUUGCAGAAUUUCAUCUUAAUAUCUCUGUGCAUUGAUAAUAACAUUAAUAAGAAGUCUGUCUUUCUAAUGAAGGAGAUGCUCUGCCACACCAUCAUGUAGCCUCCACCAAAAGCUGUUACCCUAUUGGUGCUCCAAUCUCAUAGUGUUCUCCACAUCUUCUGCACUGAGAACUGCCUUAGGUUGAAUCUGACCUCAUCACUGAACAUGAAGUUCUUCCACAUGUUUAGGUUCCAGUGCACAUGUUGCCAACCCCAGCACAAAUUGGCCUAAUGGUGAAGGGCAGUCAUGACAGGCCUGCUGGCAGCCCCAUGAGACCAGGGAUUUGCUGUGUGCAUCCUGUUCAAGAUUGUCUGGAUAAAGGCCACAUAGUCCUGUAAACCUUGACUCCAAAUCUGUAGAAGACUGCCUACAAUCCCUAAAUGCUGACAGGGAGAGGAAACGGUCUUCUUGUGGUGUCAUCACCUGGGAAUCUUAACUUUGGAGCCUGUCUUUGAAAUCUGAUUAUAUUAAACUUGGCCUUCAAUUUGGUGAUGGUACUAGGGCUCACUCUAAAGAAUGCUGUUAUUAGUUUUGUGGAACAGCAGCUUCAAGUCAACCUGUGGGAUGUUUCCUACUCCCUAUGGUGCGCUUUGAGCAGACACAAGUUCAAACCAAGAGUCAGAAUAAGCUGUUUGGUCCAAGUUUUUCUUUGGCACAGCCCACACACUCAACUCUGCUACUUAACCCACAAAUGCAUUUUCCUUGUAAAUGUGGCACCAUUUAAGGGGAAAUAAAUAGGCAUUCCAAUAGUAUAAGAAUUAUUGCUAUGAAGCAUUGUUACAACAAAGAUAUAUCAACCAAACAGAAUGUCCUUCGUUUUUGUGCUGUGUUAUUUUUGGGAUUUUUUUGUAUAACUUCAGAGCUAUGCACUUCACCAGUGACAUCGGAAAAAAAAGGAUUCUUAGCUCCAAGUAAUGCAUAUCUGUUGCUUAUAUCUCAUAAAUGUCAUUAUUAUUUUCAUUUAUUAUGUUUCUGUAAUGAAUAUGCACUUAGAAUUCAAAGAAUAGAAAUGGCUAGUGCAGGGUUUUACAUUGGUUUAUUGUGCAUUCACCUAUUUGUAAUUGCUCCAAAAGUGAAAAGGUAAUUAUCAUAAACAAACCCCUAUGCACCAAACAUUUUAGUGGUAACUGUUACUUCACGGAUGUUCAAUGUGAUAGAAAGAGAAUUUUUGACUCUAUUGUGCUUGGGAGUUCCUGUCACUGUCUAAGCUAGUUUUGCUAUUGUCUGACCAUAUUGUUGUAGCUAUUCUGUAGUGUUUGCAUUUCAAUUAGCCAUUGAAAGGUUUACAGUGCUUAGAACUUAAUUUCAUCAGUGUGAAAAGUCAGUUAAUAUGUCAGCUAAAAUAUAUAAGUUAAAAAGAUUUAUUUAGUUCAUGUUACAGUACUUUGAAUCAGAAGAGAAGUCUAACAGUUUAAACACUGUGGUCCUGAGACCAAGUGUAUUCAUGAAUAGAAAGGCCUCGGUCAUACUCCACUGCAGACAUAGAAAUGAACCCAACCCGAAAACUGAGCAGUCAUUCCUGUCAAACUUCUUCAAACUCUGCAUGCUUGGUUCUUUGUCAGGUAAAUUCUCUGCAGACAAGCCAACACGAUCACAAAAAACAGGCAGGCAUGUGGAUGUCCACAUCACGCUCGCUAGCAAGUGAUGAAAGUAAUGUCACUCAGAUCCAAGUUGACCCCAGCAGACGCAGAAAGUAUCAUCCCAAAUAGAAUGUAGAUUUGGUAGCACUGACUGUAACUGAAAGUGAGCACAGAUGAGUGAAGUCGGGAGCUGUGUCUUCUCUUUAUUUUUUUCCCACUAUUUUCUUGUUUCUAUUAUGUCACUGUUUAAGGGCACAGCACAUUAAACAAUUACAUUUCCCAUCUUUCCCCAAACUUCCAACCUAUCUACAUAAUGUAUCCUGCACUGUAAAUGCAUUGUUCUUAUGUAACUGAUUUUAGUCUCUGUAACUCUGUUAUUUUAUCUGUACUUUUUGCCACAUCCUGAGCACUAUAGUAAGUAAAGUUCUGUGGUACAGUGAAUGGUUACCGUCAGAGCUUGAUUUAGCAGAAUUUGUGGUCAUUAUUUCAUUAUUUCAGUAAUUUUAUAUUUAGAAAUGUAAUCCACUAAAAAAUAUUUUUUUUAGUUGACACUACAUUUUUGAUACAGGAAAUGUAGGAGAUGAUUUAAACCCCUGGAUGACGCGACUGUCUGAUAUCAGUCGAUAUGAUUGUGCAUCAGUGUCAGGCUUAUGCAUAGUGCAUUACAGAAACCUUGAGAUGUGCAUACACUCACAUGAAGCCACAUUCCCAUACACUUGGGCAAAAACAGCCAAAGUUCUGCAGUAUCUCAGUUGCACUUAAAAUCUAAGCAUACAUGUGUUUCUGCACUGCAUGGGUCAACUUUAACAAGCAAAUAAAAAGUGACCCCUGCUGCUUAUGACUUGUUUUAAUUAAUGUGUGUUUUUCUCAUCUUGCUUCCUCAAUAUGUCUCAUUCAUGAAUCCCCCUCUUUAUUUGCUUUCUACUCUCUAAGGGGUCACAUGCUGUCAUCUGCCCAGUAGCAAGUUGUGAAGGACUUAGUUUUAUAGGUUUUACUUUUUCGUCCUCACGCAAGAAGGAAAAUUUCCUUCCUUUAUUUCCUAUUCAUCCUGCACGUGCCUGAUGUCUUCUUAUACCAUAAUGUACUGUGGAAUACCAUGUUGUGAAUGUAUAUGAACAUUUGGAUGGGAAAUUUCUUAAAUAUAAAUAAAAGUUGAUGAUAAAAACA